GUGAGCAGCGAGCGUCGAGCAGGCAGCAGUCAGUCUACUGUGAGCCGCCGCGCCGCGCACACUGAUAUCGACAUUGACAGCGCCGCGACCGCGUCCCUCGCCCGAGAUCGGGAGUAGUGCGAGUGAGAGCAGUGUGUGUGUUGUGAAAUGUGCUCUUGUUUUAUAGGAUCGGUUCACGUGCAGAGCGACUAGUACGGAUGAGUACGAAUUGCCCCAGCGCCAUAAACGACGGGAAACAUUGAGUCGCUAGCGCGGAGAGAUCGUUCAGGUCGACGAGUCGAAUCGAGACGUAGUCGAUAGUUGAAUCGUAAAGUGUAAGGCUCGGUGCGUGAGCGCGCGCCGUCGCGUGGAGAGCCCCCCUGAGCCGGCUACCCGCGCCAGGACCCCUCGCCGCUACUGCCAGUGCUCGCCGGAGUCGCGCGACUCGGCCGGCACGCCCCGAUACAGCCGUGGACAACCUCGGCCAGAGCCCUCAUCCGGUGAAGAGGCUGCACGAAGCGCUUCAGACCGCGCAGGUGAAGCGGCAGCGUCUGUCGCCCCCCUACCCCGCCCCCGCCGGCGCUCUGCACCCCAUCCAUCAGCUGGCCGUGCACCAGCACAUCAAGGUGCAGCAGAGCAUAGUGCAGCAGAGCAUCGUGCAGCAGCACCAGCUAAGCCUCGCUCACCAGUCGCUGCAGAGCCUGCAGGCGCAGCUGUCGGACCAGGACCAGCCCACGGGGACCCUGCCGCCGCAGCAGCCCUCGCCGCGGGCAGCCUCCCCGCAACACAAGAACAUGGAGCUGGCGCUCUGUCAGAGCAUGGAUUCCGUCAACACCGCCACCGCUGAGGAAGAGGUGCGGACGUUGUUUGUUAGCGGACUGCCAAUGGACGCGAAGCCUCGUGAACUUUACCUGCUUUUCCGAGCAUACGAAGGCUACGAAGGUUCUUUGCUGAAAGUCACGAGCAAAAAUGGAAAAACUGCCUCUCCGGUUGGGUUCGUCACAUUUCACACCAGAGCUGGUGCAGAGGCAGCAAAGCAAGAUCUUCAGGGUGUCCGGUUCGACCCCGACAUGCCGCAAACCAUUCGGCUGGAGUUCGCUAAAAGCAACACGAAGGUCAGCAAGCCGAAGCCGGCAGUUGCCACAGCCGCGCCAGCUGCACACCCUGCAUUGAUGCACCCACUCACUGGACACUUAGCUAGUCCCUUCUUCCCUGGAGGAGGUGCUGAACUGUGGCACCACCCGUUAGCUUACGGCGGUGAGCUGCCGACUCUCUCGCACGGGCUGGUCCAUCCCGCUAUCCAUCCUCAAAUGGCGCCCGUGCGUUCUUACCUCACCCCUUUGACUCUCGGAGCGUGCGUGCUGCCCGCGCCAGCCCUGGGCUCGCCGGGGGCGUCAGUUCCGCCCCCAGCGCACCCCUCGCAUCCUCAGCACCCCUCGCACCCAGCUCAUCCAGGCCAUCAAGCUCAUCCAGCUCAUACCGCGCCCUGUUCCACGCUGUUCGUCGCGAACCUGGGACAGUUCGUGUCGGAGCAUGAGCUCAAGGAGAUAUUCAGCAGCUGCUCGGGUUUCAACCGCCUGAGGCUGAUGACGGGCGGAAAUGGGCCGGUGGCGUUUGUGGAGUUCGCCACUACGAGGGACGCCGCCGCCGCCCGAGCCUCCCUCCAAGGCGCGCUCCUCCUCAGCUCGGAGUCCGCCCUCCAGCUGGAGUACGCCCGCCACAAGUCGCCGCACACCUGGAUACUAGCAUAUGAAGGAGCCAAAGGCGGAGAAGAGGGCGAACAGCAUUAACUCCUUCGUGGCACUCGGCACAUGACAAUCGGCUAACUGAGGCACGUAUUAUUUUGAUCCCGGACCAACCGCGCGCCCUCACUAGGAUCAAGACGGCGCGGGCCAGCACUACCGAACUGCUAUCGUGAUCACAAGUUGGUAUAGUUAGACUGAAUAUGCCGCGUUUGUUGCUGUCACCUAAGAUUAAUGGACUAAAAACUCCAAACUGUCCGUAUUUAGUGUAAAAAUACAAACUUGUGGUAUAUAAUACAGAUCUUCUUCUCGUUUACGUUCCCCUCCACCGUAUUCGGAGGGUGUGGUGUUAAUACCAAAUGUAGUAUAAAUUUCUAUGAUCAUAUUAACAUUCCAAUUUAUUGUUUGAGAUAUCCUUAUAGCUUUUAUUUAAUAUAUUAUUUUUUACAUGUAACAUAAGAUUUAUUUACACUAACUUAUUGUACGGUCGAUUUUGUACAUUAGUUUCUAUGGCCGACGUAUCGAUGGAGGUUUUGUUACGGAUAGUGUUAUAUCUGAAAUGAUAACUAGGUUACAUCUCACUCUAAUAAGCUAAAAACCAAAGGUGCCCUUCAUAGAGACGUUACGUUUUGUUGAUGAUAUCAUUCGAGUUAAAUGAUUUUUAAUCUAUGUAAAUGAUCACUAUAGUUUCUUUGUUUUCUCUCGAUAGUGUUAGAGUAUUUAAAUGAAUUCUUAACGUCUAUAACAAAUUAUAUUUACCUGAAUGCUUUUUUUAAGUUACCUCUUUAUACGGUACGGUCACUCGUUAAGUCGCCGGCACUCUAGUGUCUGUUUCGAUAUCUCUCUAUGUUAAUUGAUUGCAAUAAACUUAAUGUAACUGACGAGACGAUGGCGGCCCUCGGCCCGUCAGAGUGCAAUACUCACUGAACGUACGAAACUCGCAUCGUAUCCAGUCAUUCACUCGUUCAUCCAUUCACUCAUUCAUUCAUUCAUCAGAUCAUUCAUUCAUUCUCAUCGUUCCUAAUACCCUCUGCCCUCACCCUAAAGUCUUGUGCCUUGCGGAAACAUUUUCCCGAAUACAUCAUAAUAUCGUGCCCUUUCUCAUAGAAAUAAGGAUUUCGUCGAAAUUCUUCAUCAUUCAAUGCAUACGAUGCGAGGCCGUCGCUUCGUGAUCGUUGCGAGAAUUUAGCCUUGGCCUUAUGAGAAUAAUAUAGUAUAAUAAUAUGUAAUCACUAUACUUUAGUAAUUUCUAGUUGUAAUUAUAUUGUGACGAGCGUCAUGCUGAAUAGUCAAUAAAAUCAUUCUAUUUGCAUGCUUCGACGAGCUUCGGUAAUGUAUUAAUGAAACAAAAAUAUUAAUAAAUCUCGUAGUUACAUCGCGUAAUCAUUAGACGAUUAAAUUAGAUAAGGGUAUUUAUUGUAGGCGUCGGCAUAGUGACAUUACCGCGACAGUUAAUCGUACAUAAUAAAGACGGUGUAACGUUUGAGUAACUGUUAGGUUAAAUACAGAGGAAUAAUAUAUAUAUUAUUUUUAGUUAGUUGACUUCAUCGUUGAUCGCCGCCGGCCGUGGCGAGGUGGCGGAGCGAGAUAGCAAUAAACCAAAAAAAAAAUAUUAAAUCUUAAUGUUUACUAUAGGUAUAGAUGUAUUCUGCUGAUGUAAAAAUUAUAACAAAAAAAAAGUAAAAAAAAAAAUAUAUCCCCCGCUUAGGCUUUCCUAUAAGAUUCGGAUUGUGUCGGAAAUGUUGAGACGGCCGCUCGUCUGUCUGUCCGUUUGUGAUGACCCAGAUCGCGACCACUCGGUGUUUAUAGCAUGUGAUUCUUAUGAUAUCCCUUAGUCAAUAUGAUAUGUCAAUUUUUGACUUAGCGAAAUUUUAUACGUUAUUUAUAGGAACUUGGUACCGAGCGCCGCUGAUUACAGACCAAAGAGAAUAAUAUACGUUUAAUGUUUACAAACCGGGAUUGUUACCGGCCGUUCGUUGGUUAACUCACAAACCGGCCGUUACGAGGUUAGGACUACAACACUACCGUGAGAUCCACGCUGUCCCCGCGUAAAAUAUGAAUAGUUAAUUGGCACGACACAAUCAUACGACGUGAUUCACUCUACUUCGACUUUCUAUUUCUGAUAAAAAAAUAUCUCGUGCGUAAAUACGACGCGAACUUAGAAAAAAUUGUAAGCUAAUAUUUUUACGAAGUAUUUAUUAGGAAUAAUGAAAGUUAAAUUUAAAUUAUCAAUCAAGAUUCUUAUUUUUUUGUUUUUCGGUUUCUCUUCUAUUCUUGAACACAGUCGGUUUAAAUAUCUAAGCUAAGUCAACAUUUACUUACAUUAUAUAUAUUACGCUAAUUAAUUCGUAUGUAAGUAUGUGUAAUGGUGUAGUAGCGAUCUCCCAAACCCUGGCCACCGUCGUCCCGGCGCGUACCCAAUACAACGAAAAGUUCUAAUUUUCUUUUCAGAUUCAUUUUGUAUUGUACACUGUGCUAACGUAAGUCCAGUGUGACAUGUAAUACGACCAGGCUCUCGUUAGCAAGUAUACACUGUUGAGUUAGCGAGCCGUGCGCGGGCGGUCGUUACGAUCUAUACUCUGCAUGGUAACUGACUAGUUGUAGCUCGCGGCUCCGCCUGCGCCGGGGAUGACGGUGCCACAAUGAUUCCGUCCAAUCGUAGCUAGCGAAGUAAUAGACGUCCAGUGGCUACGGACUACGGCUACGUCAUUUGCGGGACUACUCGAUACAUAUCAACGUCUUAUAUAUAUAAAGUAAUUAGAGUUAUAACGCGCUACCAUAGAGAUCUAUAUCCACUAUCUACGUCUUAUGUGCUCGGCUGUAUGUCACGGUGAGACGUUUUUGUUCACGUUACCUUCACGCUUCGCGUAUAGUUUCCGCUUGGAUGUUUUCUUUACGGAUAUAUCUCGUGGAUGUUUCGGUUCUAUCGGUACGGAUCGACGGCUAGGAUCCGCGUGACAUUGGCCACAUGUGAUAGUGUAGGUAGGGGUGUAGCGCCUUGCAAGUUAGGUUAAGUGAAGCGGUUCAUAACAAAUACCGUGCAUCGAAAACAUAUCAAAUCUGUGCCCCUUAUUAAAAUAAUUAAAGAUAAAAAAAGUAAAUUAAAUCUAAGAGAUACAUAUGGAUAGCAUAAAUAAAAAAAUAAUCUUUUUGAGUAUCAGAUACAUAAGUGUUGUUUGUCGUGAGUUGGAAAAAUAUUAGCGAAGCAUCGUUUCGGUUCGGAGUAAGUAUUGGAAGUAGUAUCCGAGUAGUGUCGCGGGAUUCCUUUCAGUUUAACCGCUGAUAGUGUUUUUUAUUAUUAUAUAAUUUCCUUCGUUAUGUCUAGGCUAAUGAUGAAUAUGGCUUAAUUACCAAAACAUUUGUAGCAGUAUUAAUAAAUCUUUUUUGUUUGUUUUUUUUUAUUAUUAUUAUUAUUAUUUUUAUUUACGUUUAUUCGCUAGUGCGUCGCUGCAAAGUUAUUUGUAUAUCGAGCAAUUUAAAACAUACAAAGUAUAUAAUUAGUGAUUAAUUGUUAGAUUUGUGUGAAUCGGAUUAUUUAAAGCUUCUAGGGCGGAGGUGGAGUGUUAUUGUGGUAUAAGAAAAAAAAAAACAUAAUGACAUUGUAUAAAUAGUGAUAAAUUUAGCUUAAUUAUAUAAUUAUUACGACUUUUAUAGAUGUUCAUUAUUUUCCUUUCUUACUUCAUGAACUAUUGUGGUUGGAGACGUCAUUGUUAAUUCAAAUAAAUUUGAGCUCAUCCUCUA